AUGAAAAAUAAUGAAUAAAUUAGCUUUGAAAAUGUUGUACUAAAAACAAGCCCUGAAAAUGAAACUGUCAUUGAACUAGAAUUUCAAUAAACUCAAUCUGAAACGUAGUUAGAUUAAAUUUUGGAAGAAUAAAUGUUUAAUGAGAAACUAAAACAAUGUGAAUAAAAAAGAAUAGAAAAAUUGUAGAGGUAUUUGAUUAAUAAUCUAUAAAAACUAAUUUCAGAAUACCUAAAGAAUUUUAGGAUAGAUUACCUACAAUUAGAGAAAUUGCUGAUAUUUCUAACUCGUAAUUGCAUAUCACACAAAAUUUGAAAGAAUAUACAGAAUAAUCUAACACUAUGGUUUAGAAUGAUAAUUAAAAAAUGAAAAAAGUCAAACAGAGAAUAUAAAAAAAGAAUAAAUUUGAACAAUAACUUAUGUAUUAUUCUAGCAUAAACAUCUCUCAAUAUUAUGUUGAUAAAUCAAUUGAUUGUAGAUGGAAACUAUUAUUUACAUAUUAUAUAAUAAUUAUUGGAACUAAUAUCACAUUAAAUUUGAUUGAAUUAAUUAGAUAUUAAUAAAGCUUUUGUAGGUUAUAAGGAUUAGAUCACUCGCUCAUUUAUAUUAAUUAAAUUGCUUACAUUGCAUGCAAGGUUGGAAUAUUAAAUAUCAUCUAUUAAGAAUUUACUAAUACUUUACCAAUUAAAGUCAAAGUUCCAUUAUUAAAUCAGGUUGUAUUUAGUUGUAUAUUUCCAAUUUUGUCUAUGCCUCUUUAUAUAUUUGACUUUGUAUAAUGCCAAUAUAGAAUUAAGAUUUUCACCCUUGAUUAAAGUCUUAAACUAUUAAAUUUAAUAGACUGGUUGAUUCUAUCAUUAUUAAUUCUUAUAAUAAUAAUUUAAUCAUGUUGUAGAAUUUAGAUUUCAAGUUAAGUCUUAUAAAAAGUCAUGUAAUAAUUACAAUAUUCUUUAUAGGAAAUAUAUGAAGAUAGCAUAUUAUAUAUCAUUGAUUAUAGUGCACUGUAUAUCAAUUAUAAUGGUCAUAGGGUAAUCUUUUGAUAAUAUUAUGCCUGCAAUGAUAAUGGAGAAUUAUUACUUCAUAUUUUCUGUAGUAUUAAUGUGCUAUUUGUCUAUAUAAAAAUAUUUCUUUCACAAAAUACCAUUUUAAUAGAACUCUUAUUAUUUAGAAAAUGAUACAAAUUAAAUGUCUUUAAAAUCAUGA